GAUGGAGCCGAGCAGGUUUGCUUUUCUUCUCUCUCGAUUGAUCCAGGGAAAUGCGGCAGGAAUCGGCGGAUGAUCGCUCGCGAUGAAUCGGUAUUUCCCGAGAGUGCUGCUCGCGCGGCAGCGGCGAUUGUCCCUCCUCCAGCAGCACAUUCACGCCGCGAGGGCUCCAGCGGUCAGGGAUGCCUCCUCGGAUAGCUCCUCGGAUGAGGAGGCGGAGGAUCGUCCACCCAGGGGUAGCAACAGGAAUAUUACGAGCGCAAGGAGCGAUCUCGCUGUUGUGAAUCCCUCUGCGGCGGGUUCGUCGCUGGAUCUCCCCGCAGCAGCGGCGGAAUCCAGCCUCGCCGCCGCCGAGAGCUCCGAGAGCUCCAAAUCCCUCUCGCUCGUCGCUCGCAACGUCCUCCUGAUCGCCAGCGACGAGGACCACGACUGGGCGAGCAAGGCCGAGUACUUGCAGCCGUGGAGCGGCAUGGCCACCGAGGACGACGUGAUCCACGUCCUGGAGAACAUCAAAUCUCCCAAGCUCGCCUCCCGCGUCUUCAAAUGGGCAGCUCGCCAGGAGGAUUUCGAGCACACGGUCUUCACCUACAACGCCUAUCUCAACGCUCUCGUCAAGGGCGGCCAUGGCUCCAAGGCGCGCAAGAUCUUCGACGACAUGCUCUACAAGGAGUGCCUCCCAAACAUCUACACUUAUGGGAUCGUUCUCCGCGGCCUCUGCGACGAUGCCAAGACCGACGCGGCGCUGGAGCUCCUCCAGGACAUGGAAUCCAAGAUGCUCACCCCGACCACCUUCAUCGUCAACAUGCUCGUCAGCUGCCUCUGCAAGAACGGGAAAGUUGACGCGGCCUACGAGCUCUACAAGCGGCUCAGCGACGAGUGCUCGCUGGACAGGAUCUCCUACAACAUGCUGACUUACGGGCUGUGCAAGGCGGACCAGAUCGACCGUGCGCUGGCGGUGUUCGGAGAGAUGGAGGAGAAUGCCGUGGUUCCAUCGCUGCUCACGUACAACGGGCUGCUGUAUGGGUACUGCAGAGCCGGCAGGAUGGAGCAAGCGAUGACUUUGCUGGAAGAGAUGAUCGAAGGGAAGAAAGGCAGCGACGUUGUCCCGGACAUGUACUCGUACAACACGGUGAUCAGCGGGUUUUGCAAGGCCAGGCAGCUGCCUACCGCGCGGUACGUGCUGCGGAGGAUGAUCAAGAGUGGAUGCAGCCCGAAUGUGGUAACUUUCAACACGCUGCUCGACGGGCUGUGCCUGACCGGGAAGCUGGACGAGGCCAACGCCAUGUUUGAGUACAUGGUGGAGAGGAACUGCGAGCCGACGGCUGUGACUUACACCGUGCUCAUAACCGGGCACGCCAGAGCUCUCCGCAUCGACAAAGCCAACGAUUACUUCGUGGACAUGCUUCGCCGGGGAGUGGAGCCGAAUGUUUACACGUACACCGCGCUGAUCGGGGGGCUGUGCGACGCCAACAAAGUCGAGGACGCGCUGGAGAUCCUGAAGCGGAUGUCGAGCACCGGGAGGGAGCCGAAUGUGGUUACGUACACGAGAGUGAUCGGUGCUCUCUGCAAGGGCGGACAGAUCGAGCGAGCGACGAAGCUGUUCAAUGACGCGAUGGGGAGUAGGACGGCCAAGUGCAAGCCGGACUCGUACGCGUACAGCACGAUCAUCUACUGGCUGUGCCGGCAGAGCAAGUUCCUGGAGGCGUACGAGUAUUUCCUCCGGAUGGUGGAGUCCAAGCUCGUGGCCAAGCCGCACAUAUACAAAGCUAUGGCGGACGGGCUGGAGCUGGUUCAGGAAACGGAGAAGGUGGAACGCGUCUGCCUGGAAGCAAGUGCUCACGGCAUUGAGCUUCAGCAGAAGGACGCGCCGCAGCCGCUGAAUCCACAUUUACCACGGAGGAAGGCCAGGAAGGAGGUCUUUCUUCACAAGUGGGAGAUAACCAAGAGAGCUCUGUAGCUCCUUUGGUCGAGGUAAGCUAUCAAUCAUUCUCCAGGAGGGGCCAUGGACGGAGCUCAAAUUCGCUCCAAGGGACUGUGCCAUGAACCGGAAGGCCUGAAGCCCGACCUCGAGAGAGAUGUGGGUGCGAGUUCUCUCCCGGAGAGAAAACGGUGGUGAAGAUGCAACAAGUGCGUAGAGGAAGAGACGUGGCUGAUCGAAAAGAAUUGAAGCGUUCGGAAGCUGAGGCGAUUGUCAUAGCUAUAGUUGAUACGGUUUAUAAAAGAUCGAAGAUUUGGCGUCACGGGACAAGAAGGUUUGAUCGCGCGGGAAUUUUAGAGUGAAUUUCAAAAGCCCUGAAGCCCUAGGUCUA